CAAAGAAUACUGGCCAGGUCUUACAUAGAAAAUAUUUCCUCUGUGUGUGUGUGUGUGUGCAAUAGAGGAAUUAUAUCCUGUGUCAUCUUAAUUGAAAAGGUAAGAAGCAACUUAAGUAGAAUGUGCCUCUCUGUUUAGGUUUUAUGUUCUCUUCAGUUUUGUCAAAAGCCAUUCUUCUUCUAGGCAUAAUAGAAAUUUCCGGUUUAAAAUGGAAUUGAAGAUCUUUCUCACUUGAACAGGAACUCAGAAACUCAAAAGUUGGCAACAUAGCAGGAUAUUAAUAAGGCAGCGGAAAGAAGAAAUAUGAAUACGGCUCCAUCAAGACCCAGCCCCACACGAAGGGAUCCAUAUGGUUUUGGAGACAGUCGAGAUACAAGGCGUGACCGAUCUCCCAUUCGGGGAAGUCCAAGAAGAGAGCCAAGGGAUGGCAGAAAUGGCCGAGACGCCCGGGACAGCAGAGACAUCCGAGACCCCCGAGACCUGCGGGACCACAGAGACAGCAGAGACCUGCGGGAUCACAGAGACAGCAGGAGUAUGCGUGACGCUCGGGACAUGAGGGAGCUCAGAGACUUUCGGGAUUUAAGAGACUCGAGGGAUUUUCGAGAUCACCGGGACCCCAUGUAUGACAGAUACCGAGACCUGAGAGACUCGCGAGAGCCUAUGUACAGGAGAGAAGGCUCUUACGACAGAUACCUGCGAGUGGAUGACUAUUGCCGGAGAAAAGAGGACUCUUACUUUGACCGUUACAGAGACAGCUUUGAUGGGCGAGGUCCCCCGGGGCCAGAAAGUCAGUCUCGUGCAAAAGAGCGUCUGAAACGUGAGGAACGGCGGAGAGAGGAGCUCUAUCGUCAGUAUUUUGAGGAAAUCCAGAGACGCUUUGAUGCCGAGAGGCCUGUGGAUUGUUCUGUGAUUGUGGUCAACAAACAGACUAAAGAUUAUGCUGAAUCUGUGGGGCGGAAGGUCCGAGACCUGGGCAUGGUAGUGGACUUGAUCUUCCUCAACACUGAAGUGUCGCUGUCACAAGCCUUGGAGGAUGUUAGCAGAGGAGGGUCUCCUUUCGCCAUCGUCAUUACCCAGCAGCACCAGAUUCACCGUUCUUGUACAGUCAAUAUCAUGUUUGGAACUCCACAAGAGCAUCGCAACAUGCCGCAGGCUGACGCCAUGGUGCUGGUGGCCAGGAACUACGAGCGCUACAAGAAUGAGUGCCGGGAGAAGGAGCGUGAGGAGAUUGCCAGGCAGGCAGCCAAGAUGGCCGAUGACGCCAUCCUGCAGGAGAGAGAGCGAGGAGGCCCCGAAGAGGGCGUGCGCGGGGGGCACCCCCCGGCCAUCCAGAGCCUCAUCAACCUGCUGGCAGACAACAGGUACCUCACGGCCGAGGAGACGGACAAGAUCAUCAACUACCUGCGGGAGCGCAAGGAGAGACUGCUGAGGGGCAGCGCCGACGCUCUGCCCGGCCCGAUUUCCCGCCAGCCACUCGGGGCGACCUCGGGUACCUCGCUGAAGACACAGCCGAGCUCCCAGCCGCUCCAGGGCGGCCAAGUGCUCCCCUCCGCUACACCUGCCCCCGCUGCACCCUCCACCUCCCAGCAAGAGCUUCAGGCCAAGAUCCUGAGCCUCUUCAACAGUGGCACGGUCGCGGCCAACAGCAGCUCUGCGUCCCCCUCGGUUGCUGCCGGAAGCGCCCAGAACCAGAGUUUUCCCACAGCAGCGAACAGCCAGCCUCAGCAGAGAUCACAGGCCUCUGGCAAUCAGCCUCCGAACAUGUUGGGACAGGCAGGAUCUGCUCGGAACAUGGGCCCCAGGCCUGGGGCUCCCUCCCAAGGGCUCUUUGGCCAGCCUUCCAGUCGCCUGGCACCUCCUAGCAACAUGGCUAGCCAGAGGCCUGUGUCUUCCACAGGUAUCAACUUUGACAAUCCAAGUGUACAGAAGGCUCUGGACACCCUGAUCCAGAGUGGCCCUGCUCUCUCCCACCUGGUUAGCCAGACCACGGCACAGGUGGGGCGGCCCCAGGCCCCCAUGGGCUCUUACCAGAGGCAUUACUGACGUCCCCAGGGCCCCUGGCCUCCUCCCAGCUACUGCGUUCUAAAUAGAGCGGCUUGGAGGACGUCCUUCGCCUUCUCCAGGUCUCCAUCCACUGUCAUGGGUUUCUGCCACCUGCUCUCUUCUGCCCAAAGCUGUAUUACUUAUUCCCUACAGAGUCGAAGUUCAUACUAUGCCUGGGGGUGUAUCCUCCUUGUUCUGUUUUUGUUUUGAUAUAGAAGAUAACUAUCUCUGCGGUUACAGGCGUCUGGGCUCCACCUAUACUUGAGGGAGCGUCUCUGGGCCCUCUCUGCUGGAUUUGGGGGAGGAAAGGAGGGAGGAGGCAGCCCCAGCCAGCAGCAUUGGGACCGGCAUUGGCCAUGGUGGUGGCCGCCACCAUUGUUCAUUUUGAACUCACCAAGGCUGUCCACGCACCUCAGAAGCUCGAGCUCCCCUAGGGUUGCGCGUGGAGGCUCCGUGUCCUUGUGCCCUCCCCCCACGUGGGGUCUGCCUUGGGAUUCCUGGGUCAGCCGCUCUGCGGUGCGGGAGCGUGGCCGAGGCAGCUACAAAGGAAGAACGUCCCUGCCCUAGGCAGCGCGCUGGGUUUUGGUUUUUGGCUUUUUUCCCCCAUUUUGCUGGAGGAUCUCCAGUGGACUGAACAGCUCCAGUCACCAGCCGUUUGACACAGACUGUGACUCUGGACCCCCCGUGCUUCCCCUCACAGAUCUGCCUGCGCCCCUCUGAGGGGCAGCUCUGGGCCCUGCCGUGGACUCCUCGCCUCUCGCUGACUGGUGUGAGUGUUGGGCUCCAAGCCCCAGGCUCUCUCCUCCAGACUCGGGUUCUGGUUUCUGAGCGGCAGGAGGUGGGGCCACUGCGAUGCCAGCCUUCGGUAGCUGCACACGUGCUGCAGAGGUGGCCCUGUCUCGCUGUGGAGUGGAGCAAAACUGCAGAGAGGGCUUCUGGCGCUGCUCUGAGUGAGCCAGAGGGGAGCUGCCCUCUCCCUAGGGACUGGGCAGUGGAGCCCUGUGGGGCAGCCUCGGGGGGCCCCUGGCAGGGGGGAGGGAGCCACUGUGGCUUUGGCAGAGCUCCUGCCAGUGACCAAGAAAUGGUUUCAAAACUCAAGGUCCCCCAGAUGGCAGCAUUUUAUGUUCUGACCUGUUUAUGUUACAUAGUGAAUUUUUUUUUUCCUCUUUAAAACCCUUGUGUUAAUAAG